ACUCUCGACUUUGUUGUUCCAGUAAUGGAGGAUGAAUGAUUCGUUACCGAAAACCCACCAAAUCUCAUACAUAUUGACAUCUCCUCCACAACUACCUCAAAAACCCCCCUUUAACAAACAAACCCAUCAAUCAAUCAAUCAUCACCCACCCACUUACUUUUUUUUAUGAAUCUUGAUUCUGGGUUUGGAAUGGGUGUUGCUGGUUUGGAGGUUGAAGAAGAAGAGGGUGAAACGAAUGAUGGGUUGAAACAGAGUUGUUGGGCCAAUAUGCCUCCGGAGCUCUUGAGGGAGGUCUUGCUUAGGAUUGAAUCCUCUGAAAAUAAGUGGCCCAUGAGGAAGAAUGUGGUCGGCUGUGCCACUGUUUGCAGGAGUUGGAGAGAGAUCAUGAAGGACAUUGUUAAGAGGCCUGAGCUUUCUGGGAUCUUCACUUUCCCCAUUUCAGUUAAACAGCCUGGUCCAAGAGAAUCUCUUAUCCAGUGCUUUAUAAAACGGAAACGAUCUACUCAAACAUAUUACCUUUUCCUUAGUUUGACUCAAGCACUUGCUGAUGAUGGAAAGUUUCUUCUUGCUGCUCGCAAGUUUAGACGCCCCACAUGUACCGACUACAUCAUCUCGUUACAUGCUGAUGACAUGUCAAAGGGGAGCAGUAGAUAUAUCGGAAAAUUAAGAUCAAACUUUUUGGGAACCAGGUUCAUCGUGUAUGAUGGUCUGCCACCUCAUGACGGAGCUAAAAUGACUAAGAGUCGCUCCCCUAGGUUUAUGGGCUCCGCUCAAGUCUCGCCUCGAGUCCCUGCUGGAAGCUAUCCCGUUGCUCACAUCUCGUAUGAGUUGAACGUGUUGGGAUGCAGGGGUCCAAGAAGAAUGCAAUGCACAAUGGAUCCCAUUCCAACUUCCGCAAUCGAACCGGGAGGUGUGGCUCCCACACAAACCGAGUUUCCGCUGAGCACCGGUGAAUCUUUUCCUUCAAUUUCUUUUUUUCGAUCCAGAUCAAGCCGUGUGAAAAAACGUGGGCCCGAAGUGUCAAAUAAUCAGACAGUUGGACCUUUAGUUUUGAAAAACAAACCUCCUAGGUGGCAUGAGCAGCUUCAGUGCUGGUGUUUAAAUUUUCAAGGACGUGUAACGGUUGCUUCGGUGAAGAAUUUCCAGUUGGUAGCUACACCGCCAAGUGGACAAGCGGGACCACAGUAUGACAAGGUUAUUCUUCAGUUUGGGAAAGUAGGGAAGGAUGUGUUUACCAUGGAUUAUCGCUACCCGAUAUCUGCGUUUCAAGCUUUUGCUAUCUGCCUCAGCAGCUUUGACACCAAAAUUGCUUAUGAAUGAUGUCGACUUGACAAGAAAAAGUUUGAUGCUCUAAAAUCUCAAGUGUGAGAUGGAAAUAAAGAUUUGAAAGAAGUAUGUCUCCAUGGCAUGGGUAUGCAAGUCUAAGGAUAUUCAAAAUAAGAAGCCAUUCAUUCAUGGCUCUGGUUUUUGGUCAUUUCUUAUGGUAUUUAUUUCAUUUGAAACUGUCUCCUUGUUCUCAGUUUGAGAUUUCAUCAUGUUUGCUAUGGAACCAUACAUGCAGAAGAACACAUUUACAUUCAAAGGGUUUUUUUUCUCUCUUUUUUUUUUUUAACUGUAAUUCUCUUAAUUGGCAUACCAAAUGAGAUGCCUGAAUUUUCCCAAA